AUGCUGCAUUGUGCCAGCUGCGAGAAGCCCAUUGUGGACAGAUUUCUUCUCAAAGUUUUGGACAGACCGUGGCACGUUAAGUGCGUCCAGUGCUGCGAAUGUAAAUGCAGUCUUUCUGAGAAGUGUUUCUCACGAGAGGGAAGACUGUACUGUAAAAAUGACUUCUUCAGGAGAUUCGGGACCAAAUGCGGAGGCUGCGCGCAGGGCAUCUUACCAAGCGACCUGGUGCGCAGAGCCAAGAGUAAAGUGUUCCACCUGAACUGCUUCACCUGUGUCAUGUGCAACAGACAGCUGUCCACCGGUGAGGAGCUCUACGUCCUGGAUGAGUUCAAGUUCGUCUGUAAAGAGGACUACGUCAACAGCAACGGCAAAGACACUAUCCUCCUCUCAGUGACGACGUGCAGCGACCCAAGUUUAUCUCCAGACUCGCAGGACCCGCAGGACGACGGCAAGGACUCGGAGACGGGACAUUUAUCAGAUAAGGACGUGUGCAACAACGAGAACGACGAGCAGAGCGCCUCCGGGAAAAGACGCGGCCCUCGGACGACCAUCAAAGCGAAGCAGCUGGAGACGCUGAAAGCAGCUUUCGCCGCCACACCGAAGCCCACCAGACACAUCCGAGAGCAGCUGUCCAGAGAGACGGGCCUCAACAUGAGAGUCAUACAGGUGUGGUUCCAGAACCGCAGGUCUAAGGAGCGCCGUAUGAAGCAGCUGAGUGCCCUGAGCGCCCGCAGACACGUCUUCUUCAGAGGCUCACGCAGGAUGAGGGCUCUGGGGGAGAGACUGGAGCCCGGGGAGCUCGGACACUUCGCUUAUUAUGGAGAUUAUCCAGGUGAAUACUACAGCGCAGGAGGAAAUUAUGAAUAUUUCCAAGGACCUCCACCCACACAGGCUCAGACUCCAUCAGAUUUGGGUUUUGUUCCAUCCUCUGUGCCGGCAGGAACGCCUUUAGGUGCAAUAGACCACCCCCAUCACCCCGCACACCACUGCCCCCCAGACGUACAGUGUUACUCGGACCGCCACCCCACGGACUCACCCAGCCCCGAGCCAAACGGACCAGGCUCCAUGCACAGUAUGUCCAGUGACAUGUGUGGACCAAGCACCCCCUACACCUCUGUAUCCCUCGACAACGGCUACACAAACCAGCUCUCCCAGCCAUCGUCAGACAUGAGCGAAGGAACUGUGUGGUAA